AUGAAGCUGCUGCGCCUGCUGUGCCGCCACAAGACGGCCCUGGGCCUGGGCGGCCUCUCGCUCUUCGCCGUGGUCCUGCUCUACCUGGCCAAGUGCACCUCCGAGGGGCUGCGGCCACUGCCAGCCCCCCGGGGGCUCCCCCACAACCAGCCUCCGCUGCCUCGGGGGGCUAGGGGGGCACAGCCGCCCGCAGCCCCGCCGCCACCGCCGCCAUCCCCUCAGGAGACGGCGUUCCUGGCUGUGCUCAUCACCAGCGGGCCCAAGUACUCCGAGCGCCGCAGCAUCAUCCGCAGCACGUGGCUCUCGGUGGCCGGCCGCCCUCCUCAUGACGAUGUCUGGAGCCGCUUUGUCAUUGGCACCAGUGGGCUCGGGGCUGAGGAGCUUCGUAGCCUGGAGCUAGAGCAAAGCCGUCACAGGGACCUUCUUCUUCUACCAGAGCUGCGUGAUUCCUAUGAGAACCUGACUGCUAAAGUCCUGGCCAUGUACGUCUGGCUGGAUCUGCACCUUGACUUCCAGUUUGCCCUGAAGGCCGACGAUGAUACCUUUGUACGCUUGGAUGUACUUGUAGAAGAGCUGAGAGCCAAGGAGCCACGUCGCCUCUACUGGGGCUUCUUUUCUGGCCGGGGUCGAGUGAAAUCUGGUGGCAAGUGGAAAGAGAGCGCCUGGGUGCUCUGUGACUACUAUCUACCAUAUGCCCUGGGUGGUGGUUACGUGCUUUCUGCAGACCUGGUGCACUAUUUGCGUCUCAGCAGAGACUACCUGAACAUGUGGCAGAGCGAAGAUGUCUCCCUGGGGGUUUGGCUGGCUCCCAUUGAUGUGAAGAGAGUGCACGACCCUCGUUUUGACACUGAAUAUAAGUCACGGGGUUGCAACAAUAAGUACAUAGUAACACAUAAGCAAAGCAUUGAGGACAUGCUGGAAAAGCACCAGACCCUGGCUAAAGAAGGAAAGCUCUGUAAGGAGGAGGUUAAGCUCAGGCUUUCGUACAUGUAUGACUGGGGAGUGCCACCUUCACAGUGUUGCCAAAGGAAGGAUGGCAUCCCGUGAAAGUCUGAGGAAAUAAAAAGCAGAUUGUUAAUGGA